AUGGCCACAGAAACGAAAACAGAGCAGCCAUCGUCCUCAUCAGCAGCAGCACCUGAACCAAAGGGCGGAGAAGGAGACACCGUUGCUACCACCACAACCACAAAUGCCGAAGGAGCUUCCUCUUCUACCGCUCCACCUGCUGUCGAUCAAGCAACAAUGGAUCAAUUGACUGAAGCUGAAAAGACACUGCAAGAUCUGGUUACAAAGAAGAAGAUCAUUGACAAACAAUUGGCGACAGUGGAAGCAAGCAUAUACGCUCUAGAAGAAUCAUACUUGACAGACACACAGCAAUACGGAAACGUCGUGAGAGGCUUCGACGGUUAUCUACAAGGGAGAACAGACAAGAAAAAAUACAAGAUUAAUGAAGCCGACAGACUCUUUUCGCAAUCAUCAGUCACCUAUCACAGAGCAUUGGAGAUCAAAGCUCGUGAAGAGGAAUACUCGCGUGAAGAAGAAGAGAUGUAUACUCAUCGCAAGAAGAAGCAGAGGAGAGAUGAUUAA